AAAUUUAUGCUUUUGUUCUCCUUCUAGGUUUAAAGCUACUCUCCGUGUAAAAUUCUCUAUCAUCGAAAAAAUAAAAUAAAAAGCUACUCUCUGUUUCUUUUUCUUGGUCAGAUAUUCUAUCAGAUAUUCUGUUCGUAAUCUUUGAAAGAAAUUAGAAUAGAGGAGUGAGUUUCAGUAACAUGAAGAUCGUUCGCAAAGACCUUGUUCCCGACGGACCUGGUAGCGUAAAGAUGGUACCGGUGGAUUCCGAUGAUCUCUGGUUUGCUUAUAAUUUAAUAGCCACUGGAGAUUCUGUUAUGGCUGUCACUGUGAGGAAAGUUCUUAGACAAGCGGCUAGUGGUGGAAGGGAUGCAGAACGUGUGAAGUUAAAGUUGGAAAUAAAAGUUGAGGAGGUUGCUGAUUAUGACACUUCAGGGUCUGUUUUGCGUAUACGUGGAAAGAACAUCCUAGAGAAUGAGCACGUAAAGAUUGGGGCAUUCCAUACUUUAGAACUUGAGCUUCAUCGACCUUUUGUGUUAAGAAAGGAUGUUUGGGACUCGGUGGCGUUGGAUGUACUUCAGCAGGCCUCUGAUCCUGCUGCAAGUGCUGAUUUAGCUGUAGUUUUAAUGCAAGAAGGAUUAGCGCAUGUCUUCCUUGUUGGUAAAAGUGUCACAGUUACUCGUUCACGGAUAGAAACAUCGAUUCCUCGGAAGCAUGGACCUUCUAUUGCUGGUUACGAAUCGGCUCUGAAUAAGUUCUUUGAGAAUGUAUUACAGGCUUUCUUGAAACAUGUUGAUUUCACUGUUGUCCGCUGUGCCGUGAUUGCUAGUCCAGGCUUCACAAAGGACCAGUUUCAUCGUCACUUAUUGUUGGAGGCAGAAAGAAGACAGCUCAGACCUAUUAUUGAGAACAAGUCACGGAUAGUUCUUGUGCAUACAACAUCAGGAUACAAACAUAGUUUGAGAGAGGUUUUGGAUGCUCCAAAUGUCAUGAGUAUGAUAAAAGAUACUAAAGCAGCACAAGAGGUUCGAGCUCUCAAGGAUUUCUUCAACAUGCUUUCAAAUGAUCCUUCACGCGCAUGCUAUGGACCAAAGCAUGUUGAGGUCGCCCAUGAACGAUUGGCUAUUCAAACACUUCUCCUCACAGACGAGCUCUUCAGGAAUUCUAAUACUGCAGCUAGGCGAAAGUAUGUCAAUCUCGUCAACUCGGUAAAGGAUUCAGGGGGCACAGUUCAUAUAUUUUCAUCUUUGCAUGUCUCGGGAGAACAACUGGCGAAUAUAACUGGCAUUGCAGCAAUCCUUCGCUUCCCACUGCCCGACCUUGAAGACCUUGAGAUGUGAUUGUGAAAUGGAAAGUGAUGGUGUAUUCUCUUGUCAAAUGGCACCAAGGUAUUAUUAAUUAUGGGAAAUACUAUAGUCACAAAGGAAUUAUACAAAAGCAAUCCCACAAAUUGACGUGGCUUGAUGUGGUUCGUCAGAUUGUAAAGUUAUUUUUAUUGUAAAGUAAAUCUAACAGAUCAAAUGAAGCCACGUCAGUUUGUGAUAUUGUUUGUGUAAUUCUUUUGUGGAUGUAACAGUACUUUUAUCAUUAUUGUCAAUUGUUAUUAUUAUUAUUAUGUAAUAAAGGCUGCCACGGGUGGUUGGAGCUUCAAGGGUGGUUCGUGUUGGGUGGAUAGAUGGGUUUGUUAACAGAAUAAAAUAUAGUAGGGAGUUGUAUCAUAUAACACAGGCAGUGCUCACUUGAUUUUGCUUCUUACAAAA